UUUAAUAGAUAAACUGACGACAGUAGUUGGAAAGCUAACUACUGUUGCUUUGUAGUGGAUUUGCUACUGUGCACCCGACAGGUGUGAACGUAACUUCGAAACGUACAAAAAAUAAACAAUGAUCAACAGUGAGUUGUAUAUGUAGAAUAUAGGGUUUAGUACACUUUACCUGUACUCGUAGUGCUUAAAGACUCCUUUAUUGAGUAGUAUAACGCUAAAGUAGCGUUCGCGUUCUACUGUAGCAUAGCUUGAGAAGCUAGUAGGCUAAUUGUGAAUUCUGGUUUCUAAUAGCAACUAUAUACGCCGAAGACAUCGGAGCACUUGAUAGAGGACACCCUCGUACCCACAGACGGAUUCAAACACGUUGUUAAUCAGGAGGCGUGGAUUCACCCAAAAUGUGACCUAGUGUAAAGGCUAAUCUGUUAGCAAACCCCCACUCCUCCGCCCUUGUGCGUGACGUUAUCACAUUAUUAACCCAUCCACUACGAAGACAGACCCUCCUCUUGUUCGCAUUGGCUCGCAAAUGGAAUGGAUUUAAACCUGUGCUAUGGUGUGCUAGCAGCGCCAUAUGGCUUGCAUCUUCUGACAAAUCCUCCCAAAGGUGGACAUAGAAGUGUAGGAACAGCCUAUGGACAAUCUACUCCUCACUUGAAUGCUGAAGCGGACCAUAGACACUGGAGAUGACAACUGCCAUGGAGGACACCCAUUCCAAGCCCGCCACCCCCGAACCCAGUCCAGCACCCAGUCCAGCACCCAGUCCUGCACGAAGUCUUGCACGAAGUCCUGCGCGCAGUCCUACACCCAGCCCGCUGCUGGACAGGAUACCUUUUCCAGCAGGAAACCAUGUGGAGCAUCUGAAUGUGAACCAGAUCCAGGUGGUGGUGCGGCGCUGUUCCAGUCCAAAUGUCACAGAGGAAACAACCUAUUUUAUUCCUCGUAACCCUGUGGUCGAUGCCGGCACAAACACAGAACCACCACUUGUUUGCUGCCCCUUGCUUCAUAGAUUUUGCCCCUGUCCUCCGAGAGGCCUGGUGGCCUCUGUCAUAACAAAAGUCCUUUUGGCUGCGGUGCUCUUUGGAGUGGUGUGGUCUGUCACAGAGGACGAAUGCCUUCCAGGGGGUAACCUGUUUGGCAUUACGGUGCUUUUCAUCUGUGCAGUCAUUGGUGGCAAACUAGUGGAGCUCAUCCGGUUGCCCAGACUUCCACCCUUCCCUCCACUUCUUGGUAUGCUGCUGAUGGGCUUCAUGCUGAGAAAUAUCCCAGUAAUAACAGACGGAGUGUAUAUUAACUACAGGUGGUCGGCAUCCCUCAGGAACAUUGCCCUGGCGGUCAUCCUGGCCAGAGCUGGUCUGGGUUUGGAUCCCUCGGCUUUAAAGAAACUAAAGUCAGUGUGUCUGCGUGUGGCAAUGGGUCCCUGCAUCAUUGAGGCCUGCACCAUAGCUCUGGUCUCUCACUUCCUUAUGGGUUUGCCCUGGGUGUGGGGCUUCAUCCUCGGCUUUGUACUCGGGGCCGUGUCGCCAGCAGUUGUGGUCCCCUCCAUGCUGCUGCUGCAAAAGGAUGGCUACGGAGUAGAGCAGGGUAUCCCCACUCUGCUAAUGGCAGCAGGCAGCUUUGACGAUAUUCUAGCCAUUACUGGGUUCACCACAUGCUUGGGCAUGGCCUUUGCUACAGGGUCCACUUGGUACAACAUCUUGAGAGGUGUGCUGGAGGUGGCCGGUGGUCUCUUCGCUGGAAUCCUCCUUGGUUUCCUCAUUCAAUACUUUCCCAGCCUUGAUCAGAAACACUUGGUGAUGAAGCGAUCCUUCUUGGUGCUCGGCCUGUCCGUCUUUGCUGUGUUUGGCAGCGGUGUUGCCGGUUUUCCUGGCUCUGGAGGCCUCUGUACUCUGGUAUUGGCAUUCCUGGCCGGUCUGGGAUGGGGUGCAGAAAAGUCACGUGUGGAGGAAGUGGUGGGCUGGGCGUGGGAUGUGUUCCAGCCGCUUCUCUUUGGCCUCAUUGGAGCAGAGAUACGAGUGUCUGAGUUGGAAGGACACAUAGUUGGUCUGGGUAUAGCCUCUCUCCUUAUUGCCCUGCUGGUUCGACUCCUUUUCACCUACGUGUGUGUGUUGUUUGCCGGCUUUAACGUAAGAGAGAAGGUUUUCAUUGCUCUGGCCUGGAUGCCCAAAGCCACAGUGCAGGCAGCCAUUGGCUCGACAGCUCUCGACACAGCCAGGACAAAGGAGGACGGACAGCUGCAGAAGUACGGCAUGGAUGUGCUGACUGUGGCCGUGCUUUCCAUCCUCCUCACGGCGCCAGUAGGAGCCCUUAUCAUAGGUCUGUGCGGGCCUUGUCUACUGCAAAAGCCAAAGAACUCAGCCUGUGGUGAGCGAGUCAAACCGAAUUUAUCAGCUUUUUUUUUAGGCACUGCGGCUGGAAGCGAUGAGGACAACGAAACGCCGGUCACCUAUGAAAGCACACUCUGACAUCAGCAGUCUGUAUGCAUUUUGCAUUGGAGCAUAUGUUUUCGCCACUGAUAUCAUCAAAACAACAAUCUAUUUAUGGAUUUAGUUUUCCCCCAAGUAAAGUGAACAUAAUGUUCAUCUUUUUUUUUAUCUACUUAGACUCUGUAAGGCAGAGACAUCCAAAGUCUGACCUGGCGGUCCAUUUGCGGCCCCCAGCAUAUCAUAAAGAUGAACCCCACAUUACAAGGUAUGACACUAAUACUAAUAAAACAGAAAAGCAGUGGUUUGUAUAGAUAGACAUAUAAAUAUCAGGUUCUGAGUUAUAUUUUAAUUCAGAAGGGGGCAUGACAGAAAACGAUUAAGGUGUAAUAUGAUAAAGUGGCCCAUGGAUCCUUCAAUUAUGUAUGUGGAAAAACUUUGAACCCUUCUGCUGUAGGGAGACCUGUCUGAUACACUAUAUGCAAGUUGUCCUUUAGCCACUGAGUGGCCUGCUUUGUCCUGUCCACGUAUGUGAUGUGUGAAUGAGUGUGUAUUUAUAGCCACUGGGUAACCCCCAGGCCUCCAACAACCAAAUGACCCACAUCUGAGCGUGCGUGUGGCACACCAGAGGUAGUUUCAAGUUCUAGAUAUGUUCAUUGUAGUGUCAUGGCUGUGGUUUACGUUUUUAUUAAUUUAUUGUGUUAUAUUUAAAUAAGGCAAAAAGAUGAAUUUGGACUUCAUUGGUUAGAAAUAUUAAGGCGCAUAUGUUUGACACUGUAUUUUUUAAAAAUCAAAAUGUACAUACAAUAACUCAGGAAAAAGUAUAUAAGCCACAUUUUAUGUUUUUUUAGAAAUUGCUGCUCAACUCACACUUUUCUGUUUAAUAGCUCAUUGUUUUCUUAUAAGUAAUUUAUUACAUACAAUAAGUAUACAGUGUAACUUGAGAUGUCAUGUGUUUAAAUGAGCUAAUGCAAACUGUGUGCAGUAUUUAGAGUGCAGUGACAAUUAGAUUUUUUUUUACCAAAGAUU